CGCCAUCUCCUGGGUGACGCGGACGCUAUGACCAGUGUGGUUUCAACCUAAGAGGCAGAAUGCGCAUGCGUUGUUUCCCUCCUCUCUUCCUCCCCCUCCCACCUUUCCUUUAAACAACACUUUAGCGAAGAUUCAAAAUGCAGCGAGUAUUUACUCUGUCAGAAAAGGAUGCACCUAGUUCCCCUGUUCAGUUUGCUUGGCAAAAAACAUUAGGAAACUACAUUGCUGUUACAGGACAUAAUCACACUGUAAAAAUCUUUGAUCGCCAUGGUCAAAAGAAAAAUGAAAUUAAUUUACAAGGCAAUUGCAUUGCCAUGGACUGGGAUCAAGAUGGAGAUACCCUAGCCAUAAUUGCUGAAAAGUCCAAUUCCAUUUAUCUGUGGGAUGCUAACACAAACAAAACUACACUGAUGGAUACCAGCAUGAGGGAACCAAUGUCUUUUCUGCGUUGGUCAAGAGCUGAAGCCUUACUUGCUGCUGGAACAUCUAAAGGAAAUGUACUGAUAUAUAAUCGCCAAACUUCUCGCAAGAUUCCUAUCCUCGGUAAGCACACCAAGCGGAUCACAUGUGGUUGUUGGAGCGGUGGGAAAUUUAUAGCAUUAGGUGGUGAAGACAAACUGGUAACAAUUAGCAACCAUGAAGGAGAUACUAUCAGAGUGACAACAGUGGGAGGAGAACCCAGCCUCAUGGAGUUCAUAGUGAUGAAGACAGAUGACAGAACAGUUGGAAGCGAUACCACAGUGUGCAUUGUGCUUGCUCAGAAAAAUCUCUGCUUUUAUAAUUACAAAGAUCCAGAUAACCCAAUAGAGUUAGCAUUUCAGCACCGUUAUGGAAACAUUGUCUCUUAUAAAUUAUAUGGAGAUAAUUACAUCAUGGUUGGUUUCUCACUUGGCUAUUUUGUGGUGAUUUCUACCCAUGUUCAAGAGAUCGGUCAUGAGAUCUUUCAAGCUUCUAAUCAUAAAGAUAACCUGACGUGCAUUGCAAUAUCAGAAUCAAUAAACAAAGCUGCAUCAUGUGGAGACAAUUGCAUCAAGAUUCAUGACCUGUCAGAUCUGAGCGAAAUGUAUGCAAUAAUAAAUUUGGAAGAUGAAAAUAAAGGAUUAGAUCAGCUGUCAUGGACAGACGAUGGACAGUUGCUGGCAGUGUCUACAAAGAGAGGAUUUGUCCAUGUUUUCUUGACAAAACUUCCUAUUCUUGGAGAUUCAUACAGCACACGGAUUGCAUACCUCACUUCGCUUCUUGAAGUUACUGUAGCCAACCACAUUGAAAAUGAGUUACCAAUCGCAGUUUCGGUGGAAGUUGAGCCAAGCUUUGUUGCUGUAGGUCAUUACCACUUGGCUGUGGGGAUGAAUAAUCGGGCAUGGUUUUAUCUUCUGGGAGAAAGCAGUGUGAAAAAGCUCAAGGACAUGGAAUAUCUAGGAACAGUAGCCAGUAUGUGCCUUAAUUCUGACUAUGCUGCUGCACUGUUUGAGGGUAAAGUGCAGUUGCAUAUGAUAGAAAGUGAACGUUCAAAUACUGAAGAAGAACGGGAGACUAGACUUUUUCCAGAUACAGAUGAUAAAAGUAAAAUUUUGUGCCAUGCUUUAACUAAUGAUUUUCUCAUCUACGGUACUAAUACUGGUGUUAUUCACUAUUUUUACAUUGAAGACUGGCAAUAUGUGAAUGAAUAUCGGCAUUCUGUUGGUGUGAGAAAAAUCUUCCCAGACCCUAAUGGAACCAGACUAGUUUUCAUUGAUGACAAAAGUGAUGGUUUUGUUUAUUGUCCGGUAACUGAUAUUGCCUUUGAGAUUCCAAAUUUUCAGCCAACCAUCAAGGGUAUUCUGUGGGAGAACUGGCCAAUGGACAAAGGAGUAUUUGUUGCCUAUGAUGAUGACAAAAUAUAUACAUAUGUCUUUCAUAAAGAUACUAUACAAGGUUCCAAGGUGAUUUUGGCAGGAGACACCAGGGUUCCUUAUUCUCACAAACCAUUGCUACUGUACAAUGGAGAACUAACCUGUCAGACUCAAAGUGGAAAAACCAACAAUAUCUUGCUUAGUACUCAUAGCUUCCUUGGGCCUUUGAAAGACUUGGGGUAUAAUGAACUAAAGCAAAUCCUUAAACAAACGUUAAUAUUGAAAAGAUUUACUGAGUCGUGGGAAGUAUGCAAACUUCUGAAUGAUCUGUCUUCAUGGAAUGAACUAGCUACAGCUUGUUUGCAUCAUAUGGAGGUGGAAUUUGCAACACGGGUUUAUAGGACAAUCAGAAAUGUAGGAAUGGUUAUGUCAUUAGAACAAAUAAAGGACAUAGAAGAUCAUAAUCUUCUCGCAGGACAUCUUGCUAUGUAUACUAAUAACUUCAGCUUGGCUCAGGACUUAUAUUUGGCGUCUUCCUGCCCUGCUGCUGCACUUGAGAUGAGAAGAGACCUACAGCAUUGGGAUAAUGCACUUCAGCUAGCUAAACGCUUGGCACCAGGGCUCAUCCCCUUCAUAUCAAAGGAGUAUGCUGUGCAGCUGGAAUUCACGGGUGAUUAUGUGAAUGCUUUGGCACACUAUGAAAAAGGAAUUACGGGUGACAGUAAGUGCCAAGAACAUGAUGAGGCCUGUCUAGCUGGAAUAGCUCAGAUGUCCAUUCGCAUGGGUGAUAUUCGACGAGGUAUUAAUCAAGCCAACAAACAUCCCAGCAGGAUGUUGAAAAGAGACUGCGGUGCCAUUCUGGAGAGCAUGAAGCAAUUUUCGGAAGCAGCCCAGCUCUAUGAAAAAGGACAAUAUUAUGACAAAGCAGCAUCAGUAUAUAUCCGUUGCAAGAACUGGGCAAAAGUUGGUGAACUUCUUCCUCAUGUGUCCUCUCCAAAGAUACAUCUUCAGUAUGCCAAAGCAAAGGAAGCAGAUGGCAGAUACAAAGAAGCUGUUUUGGCAUAUGAAAAUGCCAAGCAAUGGGACAAUGUUAUCCAUCUAUAUUUGGAUCACCUUAACAAUCCAGAAAAGGCUGUUAGCAUUGUCAGGGAAACACAGUCUCUUGAAGGAGCCAAGAUGGUAGCCAGAUUCUUUCUGCAAUUGGGUGAUUAUGGGUCUGCCAUCCAGUUUUUGGUGAUGUCCAAAUGUAACAAUGAAGCUUUUUCCCUGGCCCAGCAGCACAAUAAGAUGGAAAUCUAUGCUGACAUAAUCAGUUCUGAGGACACCUCUAAUGAAGAUUACCAAAGCAUUGCCUUAUACUUUGAAGGGGAGAAAAAACAUUUUCAGGCGGGCAAAUUCUUCCUUCUGUGUGGUCAGUAUGCACGGGCAUUGAAACACUUCCUGAAAAGUCCAAAUACUGAUGAUAAUAUGGCUAUAGAAAUGGCAAUAGAGACGGUGGGACAGGCAAAAGAUGAAGCUCUGACCAAUCAGCUUAUAAAUUACCUCAUGGGAGAGAGUGAUGGGAUACCAAAGGAAGCCAAAUAUCUGUUUCGGUUGUACAUGGCACUCAAGCAAUACCAUGAAGCUGCCCGGACAGCCAUAAUAAUUGCCAGAGAAGAACAAUGUGCAGGAAACUAUCGAAAUGCGCAUGAUGUGCUCUUUAGUAUGUAUUCAGAACUGAAAACCCAGAAAAUUAAGAUACCUUCAGAGAUGGCUACAAACCUUAUGAUUCUACAUAGCUAUAUUUUAGUAAAGAUUCAUGUCAAGUGUGGUGACCAUUUGAAAGGAGCACGUUUGCUAAUUCGCGUUGCCAACAAUAUCAGCAAGUUUCCAUCCCAUAUUGUGCCUAUCCUGACCUCAACAGUGAUUGAAUGCCACAGAGCAGGACUGAAAAAGUCAGCGUUUGGUUUUGCUGCUAUGUUGAUGAGGCCAGAGUACCGGAAUAAAAUUGAUUUGAAAUAUAAAAAGAAGAUUGAAGCAAUGGUCCGACGGCCUGACACAUCAGAAGGUGAAGAGCCAACCACCCCAUGUCCAUACUGUGAGUUCUUGUUGCCUGAAUGUGAACUUCUGUGUCCUGGAUGUAAAAACAACCUCCCAUAUUGUAUUGCAACAGGGCGACAUAUGGUAAAAGAUGAUUGGACUGUAUGCCCUCACUGUGACUUCCCUGCCCUGUAUUCAGAAUUCAGAAACUUGUUACAACAUGAAAAUAUAUGCCCCAUGUGUUCAGAAAAAGUUGACAUCACCAGCCUUAAGAAAACCAUUGAUUGUACACCAUACCUCAAGACUGAAGAGGAACAAUGAUCCUAAUCAAAUGGUGGAUAAUCAAACGCUGCAUGAUAGAGAAGCUUCCAAAUGUAAACAUAUUUUGAUACUGUGCUUGAAAUUAUUUCAUAGUUAUCAAAUCUUUAAUUGUUAAACUGUAAAUAUUUAUCUUUUAUAGAAAUUUUUGUAC